GGGCGAUGCAAGAUUUCAUCAAUACAGCAAGGACACCAAGAUACAUCCAACAUCAUAUUCAGUGUAUUACCGGUCAUGUCGGAGCAUUGAUCGCAUUUGCUACAAACAGACACGGUUAUUUAGAGCGCAAAAUAAGGAGACGUGUGGAAGCUGCACUUUAGGGACAUUCACCAAUCAAAGGGAGAUCUGCUCUUUACUCGCAAAAGUGAUAAAGGCUCCUUUUGCCUAAUCAGGUGACAUGGCCUUGUCUUUCUGUGGGAACGACAGGGGUAGUAAUGCCUACAGCGUGGACAAUGGGGUCCUGGACAAUGGCUGCUUUGUGGAUGCCCUCAACCUCGUUCCACAUGUGUUUCUUCUCUUUAUCACCUUUCCUAUUCUUUUCAUUGGGUGGGGUAGUCAGAGCUCAAAGGUGCAGAUACACCAUAACACAUGGUUGCACUUCCCUGGCCACAACCUGCGAUGGAUCCUUACCUUCACACUGCUGUUUGUGCACGUGUGCGAGAUCGCCGAGGGAAUCGUCUCCAAUACGCAGAUGCAGUCAAACCACCUGCACCUCUUCAUGCCAGCGUUUAUGGGCUUCAUAGCAGCCACCACAUCAGUUGUGUAUUACCAUAAUAUAGAAACAGCCAAUUUUCCCAAACUGCUGCUGGCCUUAUUCAUCUACUGGAUUCUGGCUUUCAUCACCAAGAUGAUAAAGUUAUGGAAAUUUGCAGAGGCGAGUUUGGGGGUGCAACAUCUGCGUUUCUGUAUCACAGCUCUGCUGGUGGUGCUGUACGGCCUGCUCAUGGCUGUCGAGAUCAACGUUAUCAGAGUCAGGAGGUACGUGUUCUUUGCAAACCCUCAAAGGGUAAAGCCCCCUGAGGACUUGCAGGACCUUGGCGUCCGAUUCCUCCAGCCCUUCGUUAACCUUCUCUCCAAGGCAACAUACUGGUGGAUGAACCCUCUCAUCAUUGGUGCUCACAAGAGGCCAAUUGAGCUGAAAAAGAUUGGAAAGCUGCCUAUUGCUAUGAGGGCCCUGACCAACUAUCUGCGUCUGAAGGAUGCCUAUGAUGAACAGAGGCACACAACAGAGGACCCAGAGAAAUCCCCGUCUAUCUGGAGGUCCAUGUAUCGGGCGUUUGGGCGGCCUAUUCUCCUCAGCAGCACCUUCCGAUACAUGGCUGACCUGCUGGGCUUUGCCGGGCCACUCUGUAUCUCUGGAAUUGUGGAACAUCAGAAUAAUAGGACAGAGGUUGUUAUGAACAAGACAGGGAACAUGACUUUGGGGGUCUACUUCAUGUCGUCCACUGAGCUGCUGCAGAAUACGUCUGUUUUAGCCGUUCUGCUGUUCCUGGCACUCGUACUGCAGCGAACAUUCCUGCAGGCUUCCUACUACGUCACCGUAGAAACUGGCAUUAACCUGCGCGGGGCGCUGCUUGCGAUGAUCUACAAUAAAAUUCUGCGUCUCUCGACCUCAAACAUGUCCAUGGGAGAGAUGACCCUCGGCCAGAUCAAUAACCUGGUUGCCAUAGAGACCAAUCAGCUUAUGUGGUUUCUCUUCUUAUGCCCUAACCUAUGGGCCAUGCCAGUUCAGAUCAUUAUGGGAGUGAUCCUGCUGUAUUAUUUGUUGGGUGAUAGUGCCUUGAUAGGGGCUGGAGUCAUUUUGCUGCUGGCCCCAGUUCAGUACCUCAUCGCCACCAAGUUGGCGGACACACAGAAGAGUACACUGGACUACUCAACAGACCGUCUCAAAAAGACCACAGAGAUUCUGAAGGGAAUAAAGCUUCUAAAGCUCUAUGCAUGGGAGAACAUCUUCUGUGAUCGUGUGGAGGACACCCGAGGAAAAGAGCUGACCAGUCUGAAGACUUUCGCCCUCUACACUUCAAUGUCCAUAUUUUUGAAUGCAGCCAUCCCCAUUGCUGCAGUGCUGGUGACCUUUGUCACACAUGCCUAUAUAGAGGAGGUCAGGCUCAGCCCAGCUAAAGCAUUUGCAUCUUUGGCUCUGUUUCACAUCCUGGUCACUCCACUAUUUCUUUUGUCCACGGUGGUCAGGUUUGCAGUCAAGGCCCUGGUAAGUGUACAGAAGCUUGGCGAGUUUCUGCAGAGUGAUGAGAUUGGAGAUGACAGCUGGAGAAAUGGAGAUAUGUCCAUGCCUCUAGAGUCCAGCAAGAAAUACAAAUACCCAGGGGAUACUAAGGUGUUUAACAGAAAGGGGCGGUAUCGCAUGGAUAACUACGAGCAGCCCAUGCGCAGACAGCUGCGGCCCACAGAGACCGAGGAUGUCGCUGUACAGGUGAAUGAUGGUUUCUUCACGUGGGGAAGCAACUUGUCAACGUUGUCUGAUAUCAACAUCCGAAUCCCAACAGGUCAGCUGACAAUGAUCGUGGGCCAGGUAGGUUGUGGGAAAUCAUCUCUGUUGUUGGCCAUGCUUGGAGAGAUGCAGACGAUCAGUGGAAAAGUCUUCUGGAGCAAGGUGCCUGAUUGUGAGAUACACCUCGAUGGGAAUAUAAGUGGGCACGAUACAGAGCUGUCUUAUGAGGAACGGAGUAAAAACAGGUAUUCUGUAGCCUAUGCAGCACAGAAGUCAUGGCUUCUGAAUGCCACCGUUGAGGACAACAUCACAUUUGGGAGUCCUUUCAAUAAGCAGAGAUACAAAGCAGUGAUUGAUGCCUGCUCACUUCAACCAGAUAUCGAUAUCCUUCCUUUUGGAGACCAGACUGAAAUUGGAGAACGGGGUAUUAAUCUCAGUGGUGGUCAGAGACAACGGAUCUGUGUGGCCAGAGCUCUAUACCAGAACACCAACAUUGUUUUCCUGGAUGACCCAUUCUCCGCCCUGGACAUCCACCUCAGUGAUCAUUUGAUGCAGGAGGGCAUACUCAAGUUCCUACAGGAUGACAAGCGUACUUUGGUCUUGGUCACACAUAAGCUGCAGUACCUCAUCCAUGCUGACUGGAUAAUAGCCAUGAAGGAUGGCUCAGUGCUGAGAGAGGGGACAUUAAAGGAUAUUCAGACCCAUGAUGUGGAACUCUAUGAGCACUGGAAAACCCUGAUGAAUCGACAAGACCAGGAGCUAGAAAAGGAGACCGAACUAGAAAGUCAGACCACACUGGAGAGGAAGACUUUGAGGAGAGUGUUCUAUUCCAGAGAUGCAAAGAACCAAAUUGAUGAUGAGGAUGAAGAGGAGGAAGUGGAGGAGGAUGAAGACGACAACAUGUCCACCACCACAAGCCGACGUUCUAAGAUCCCAUGGAAGAUGUGCUGGAGAUAUCUGUCCUCAGGUGGCUUCCUCAUGGUCUUCCUCAUGGUGUCUUCCAAGCUGGCCAAGCACUCCGUUAUGGUGGCCAUCGACUACUGGCUGGCAGCCUGGACCUCCUCAAACCCACGUAAUGAAAGUCUUGCCAAUCCAUUUGCCAAUGUAACCAAUUACAGACUGAACUAUGACGCCACACAGAUUGCAGAGCAUCGUUCCUAUGUGCCAGUGUUCAUAAUAUUGUGUGGGGCUGCAAUAGCCCUCUGCCUUAUCACUUCCCUGAGUGUGGAGUUUCUGGGUGUGGCUGCUGCUACCAACCUCCAUCAUAAUCUACUCAACAAGAUCAUUUAUGCACCCAUCAGAUUCUUUGAUAUCACCCCACUUGGACAAAUCCUGAAUCGUUUCUCAGCGGACACCAACAUCAUUGACCAGCAUAUUCCUCCAACACUAGAGUCUCUUACCCGUUCCACUCUCCUUUGCCUCUCAGCGAUUGGGAUAAUUUCUUUUGUCACCCCAGCCUUCCUCAUCGCACUGGUGCCUCUUGCUGUGGCAUUCUACUUCAUCCAGAAGUACUUUAGGGUUGCUUCUAAAGAUCUGCAGGAUCUGGAUGACUCCACUCAGCUGCCUUUACUCUGUCAUUUCUCUGAGACUGCAGAGGGCCUCACCACCAUUCGAGCAUUCAGGCACGAGGCUCGCUUCAAGCAGCGGAUGUUGGAGCUAACUGACACCAACAACACAGCUUACCUCUUUCUCUCUGCUGCCAACCGGUGGUUGGAGGUCAGAACUGAUUAUCUGGGUGCUGUGAUUGUCCUCACCGCUGCAGUGGCAGCUAUCUGGACCACAUCUCAGUCUGGUCUGAUCGGACUGGGUCUUACCUAUGCUCUCACUGUGACAAACUACCUGAACUGGGUGGUGAGGAAUCUGGCAGACCUGGAGGUCCAGAUGGCUGCAGUAAAGAAGGUCAACAGUUUCCUGAGCAUUGAGUCUGAAAACUAUGAGGGAUCCAUAGAUGUCUCACAGGUACCAGAAAACUGGCCACAGCAUGGCGAGAUAAAGAUCCAAGACCUGUGUGUGCGUUAUGACCCCAUGCUCAAACCCGUCCUGAAACAUGUCAGUGCCCACAUCAACCCUGGACAGAAGUUGGGCAUUUGUGGUAGAACAGGCAGUGGAAAGUCUUCGCUGUCGCUGGCCUUCUUCAAUAUGGUAGAUGUUUUUGAAGGAAAGAUUAUUAUUGAUGGCAUUGACAUCUGCAAGCUUCCACUACAAACUCUGAGAUCCCGUAUGUCAAUCAUCCUACAGGAUCCAGUGCUCUUUAGUGGCUCCAUCCGGUUAAAUCUUGACCCAGAGUGCACUUGCACUGACGACAGGCUUUGGGAAGCCCUGGAAAUCGCGCAAUUGAAGAAUAUGGUGAAAGCACUCCCAGGAGGACUGGAUGCGGUGGUAACAGAAGGAGGAGAGAACUUCAGCGUGGGUCAGAGACAGCUCUUCUGUCUAGCCCGGGCCUUUGUCCGCAAAAGCAGCAUCCUCAUUAUGGACGAGGCAACAGCUUCUAUAGACAUGGCCACGGAAAAUAUUCUUCAAAAAGUGGUGAUGACGGCGUUUGCUGAUCGGACGGUUGUCACCAUUGCUCAUCGUGUCCACACUAUCCUGACAGCUGAUCUAGUUAUUGUGAUGAAGAGAGGGAGCAUCAUGGAGAAUGGAAAACCAGAGAUUCUCAUGGAACAAGAGGAUGGCCUGUUUGCAUCCUUUGUUAAAGCUGACAUGUAGAGUCACUUAUCUCCAUCACCUGUUAUACCACUUUUGGCCUUAUAGAAACACAGCAGCCACUUUUGCCUGUGCAUCGGCACAAGCAUUGGAAAGGACUGACCUACAGAUGAACUGAUUGAAGAACCAGCUCUUUUAAACUGUUACCGUUUUAAAUUAAACCUAAGCACAGUAUAAGAUUCUCCUUUUUUAAAGCAUUUUGUUACCUUUGCGCUCUUUUUUUUUUUUUUUUUAUGGCACGUACUCUGAAACAUACUGUAAGCAAUAAGCAUGUAUCUACUGUGAUUUCACUAGUACCAACACUGUACAGAGUAUGUCUGCUCUUCCGUGGCCUGACACUCUUCUCUGUCUGUCUGAAGUGCAUUGCUGAUACAGAUCUAUGGAAGGAGGACAAAUAUAGCUGGCUCCCCAAAGCCUGCACUCUCUGCGCUUUCUGGGGAGAGGCACAAUGUCCACCAAAUACACCCUUAUUUGUUAUUUACACACCCUACAUAUAUAUGAAAGUGAUUGUAUUUUAUACUUUUUGCUGUAUUUCUCUCAUUCAAAUACUUAACCAAAAGUGGUGUCUAACUUUGUCUUGCACAAUCAGUGACCGUGUUUCUUUCUGUUGGUUCAGUCAUUUUUUUUCUUUUACAUUUUUAAAACUUCUAAAAUCUUACAUGGGUCUCACAAAAUCUGUAAAGAAAUGUCCAGGUUAUAUCAUCCCAAAAUCAGAAGAGAAAGUUGUACUUCAAAAGAGAAAGUACAACUGUACUGUAAGUAUACAUCAUAUUUGUUUUAGAGAAUUUAAUUUAUGCUGAUUUUAAUUUUAAAUAUAUUUGUGUCUAGUUAGUAUACAUUUCUUUACUGUAUUACAGUAAUAAGAAUUUGUGGGAAAAUGUGCUUAAUUGUCUCAAUGCAAAAUAAUCUUAAAGUUCCUAAAAAUAGGCUUAAAAGAAUAUUCCAGGUUCAAUACAAGUUAAGCUCAAUCAACAGCAUUUGUGGCAUAAUGUUGAUUACCACAAAAAAAAUAAAAAAAAUAAAAAUUUUUUAAAUUGCAAAGUGAAACACUUACAAUGGAAGUGAAUGGGUCCAAUGUUUGGAGGGUUUAAACGCAGAAAUGUGAAGCUUAUCAUUUUAUAAAAGCACUUCUGUUAAAAUGGGUGUAUUAUUUGAUCUGUAAAGUUUAAAUUGUGGUUUUUAUGGUCGUUUGAGGGUUUUAUGCCGUUACGUCUUCGUGCCUACAAAGCUGUACAACUGGUUCUAUUUUUACACAACAAAGGUUAAUAAGCGAUUUAAUGACAUAAAAUUUGUGUUAACAAGCAUAUUGUUUUCUUCUUGUGAUUAUACUUUUGAAACAGUGAGUAUUUUAAUGUUUACAGAUUGCCCACAUUCACUUCCAUUGUAAGUGCCUCACUGUAACCAAGAUUUUUGCUUUUUUCAAUAAACGAGGGACAAGUCAAAAUUAAUUUUUGUGGUAAUCAACAUUAUGCCACAAAUGCUGUCGAUUGAGCUUAACUUGUAUUGAACCCGGAAUAUUCCUUUAAUUUUCUUCAUGCACAUUUUUAUUUAAUCUUUUGAUUUGGGGUUGAAAUAUUGCCUAAACAUUUCUUCACAACAGAUUUACCCAAUAACUAAAUAACUACAGAACCGUAAAAGUAUGGUCACAUUCUAAGUUUAUGUAAGUCUUUCUCUGCAGAAUCUAGUACUACAUUUCUAAGUCUAAAUUUCAAGAUACUGUAAGGUUAAAGAUUAUUUCAAACCCCCUGCGCAAUUCUUCUCUCCUCAUAUUCUAUGACGUUUUAUUAUGGUGAUGUAAAAACUAGUCUGCAGUGUCUGGACAGCCAAGCGAUAUAUUAUACACAUAACCACCCCUGUUUUUCUCAUCUUCCUUAAAUGGAGCGUCAGCCUUUGCCCUGCCUUCCCUUUUACUUUUAACCUUUGGCUUUCUUUAUUUUAACACUCUGCUUUCUGGAAAAGUCACAGCCAAGAAUGAUCCCAGCAAUAUGUUGUACAAUAAGUGAGUAGUAAAACAAUGGAUUGCUCUGUUGGACGUAAGCUGUUAGUAUCAAUGCGGGAAAUCUUUGUUCAUUGGACACUGACAGGGACAGUGACUGUGAAUAUUGCAGUGAGCUGUGAUGUCACACAUGGGUAGUGAUUUUCCAGUAACUUGUGAAUUCAACCACGUGCGUAAAACUGUUGCCGACACACUUCACACCCUCUGGUGAUGUGUAAACAGAAGAGAACAGAACGUCAAACUUAACUGCAAGCCAACUGCGGGCCAUUUCAUCCUGUCAUAUUAAAGAACACUAGUUUAUCACAGUUUAAUGCAUAAAAGGUUUCAGGAAUUUGCAUGUCAUGAUGGACUGUUUUAAAAUGUACAUAUGUAAUUAAUAUGGCAUUUGUACCAUACGCAUUUAACAGAGCAUUGUACAGUGUGCCUACCUUUUUUACACGUGACAUAAAAUAAAAAAUGUUUGCUUUGUGUGUUUACUAUAUCUCA